GAGCAAGGGAGGGUGGAGGACACCGGCUGCCCUGCCUCCCAUCUUCAUGUGAGCACACACACACACACACACAACAGAGCAGACACACAACAGGACGGCCAAGCACAAUCACAGGGCAACAAAGGGACGCAUGCUGCACCCAAGGCAUAAAAUAAAUAAGAUUAUUAUUUAAGACUUCCGCACAGAGAGCCUUUUUGCUUACCUCUGGACUCAUCUUUAAGGGCGUGAAAGAAACCGUCAUGGAGCUGGAGCACUUUGAUGAGCGGGACAAGGCUCAGAGAUACACUCGAAGGGGCUCCAGAGGGAAUGGUCUCCCUAGUCCCACUCAUAGUGCUCACUGCAGCCUGUACAGAACCAGGACACUGCAAAAACUGAGCUCGGAAAAGAAGGCCAAGAAGAUUCGUUUCUACCGCAACGGUGACCGCUACUUUAAAGGGAUUGUGUAUGCCAUUUCUCAGGAGAGAUUUAGGUCUUUAGAUACUCUCCUUGCAGAUCUCACAAGAUGUCUGUCAGAUAAUGUCAACUUGCCCCAAGGAGUGAGGACCAUAUAUACUGUUGAUGGGGCAACAAGGAUCACCAAUAUAGACCAGCUGGAGGAAGGCGAAAGCUAUGUUUGUGCAUCCAUAGAGCCUUUCAAGAAACUGGACUAUACCAAAAAUGUAAAUCCCAACUGGGCAGUUGGUGCCAGGACUGCAGGUUCCCUCCGUGAUCCUUCUUCUCUUGGCAGUGCCAUGGCUGGAUCCCCAGAAACCAGGGAGACCAAAGACUUCAUAAAGCCUAAACUGGUGACGAUUGUCCGCAGUGGAGUAAAACCUCGCAAGGCUGUUCGGGUCUUGCUCAACAAGAAGACGGCACACUCUUUCGAGCAAGUUAUGAGUGACAUCACAGAUGCCAUCAAGCUGGACUCUGGAGUCGUCAAAAGGCUAUAUACUGUUGAUGGCAAAGUGGUCACAUGCCUUCAGGACCUUUUUGCAGAAGAUGACAUUUUCAUUGCUUGUGGUCCUGAAAAAUUCCGCUAUCAAGAUGAUUUCAAUUUGGAUGAUAGUGAAUGCAGGGUGACAAAAUCCUUAUCCUAUGGUCGACUCCCCUCGGUGCAUGGUCUCUCUUCCCCAAGAGCUGGCGGAAUGCCCCGUAGAAGCAAAUCUCCCUCAUCUGCUGGAUCGGCAAAUGGCACUGCAGGCAGUACGCUUUCCACACCUCGUUCUGUAAAGUCUCCAAGCCCUAUUUUAACCAGUCCAGCUAGCCUCCGACGACGACAGGGAUCACAACACAGUGGCUCUUCACUCUCAUUAGCUUCUACCAAGGUAUGCAGCUCAAUGGAUGAAGGAGAUGGUCCCAGCAGUGAAGCUGAGCCGCUGGAUGAAUGCUCCACAGUUCCUGCCUCCAUAGCAGACAGGUACAAAGUUGGAAGGAUUUUAGGGUAUGGAAACUUUGCUGUGGUUCGUGAAUGUGUGGAAAGAUCAACUGGAAGGGAGUAUGCUUUAAAAAUCAUCAGCAAAGACAAAUGCAAAGGAAAGGAGCACAUGAUACAGAGUGAAGUGGCCAUCCUCAGGCGUGUGAAACAUCCAAACAUUGUGCUUUUAAUUGAGGAAAUGGACUCCCAUAGCAACCUCUAUCUUGUAAUGGAGCUGGUGAAGGGGGGAGAUCUCUUUGACGCCAUUACAUCCUCCAACAGAUAUACAGAGCGUGAUGCCAGUUGUAUGCUGUUCAACCUGGCAAGUGCCAUCAAGUACCUUCACGGUCUCAAUAUUGUGCAUAGAGACAUAAAACCAGAAAAUCUGUUGGUGUAUGAACACCACGAUGGUAGUAAAUCUCUGAAAUUAGGUGACUUUGGCUUGGCUACUGUUGUCAAUGGUCUUCUUUACGCCGUUUGUGGAACGCCAACUUAUGUAGCACCAGAGAUUGUUGCUGAAACAGGAUAUGGCCUGAAGGUUGAUAUCUGGGCAGCUGGUGUCAUCACUUACAUACUGCUCUGUGGCUUUCCUCCUUUCCGUGGCAGUGGUGAAGACCAGGAGGCCCUCUUUGAAGACAUUUUAAAAGGCCAUCUUGAAUUUGCAGCACCAUAUUGGGACAAUGUGUCCGAGUUUGCCAAGGCUCUGAUCACGGGCAUGCUGCAGGUGGUUGUGGAUCAAAGAUACACAGCUGUACAAGUGCUGGAUCAUCCCUGGGUCAAUGGUGACAGUCUGCCUGAGAAGGGGCACCAGCUUCCUGUGGCUGGAAAAAUCAAGAAGCAUUUUAACUAUGGACCCAAGCUCAACAGCACAGCAGCAGGAGUGUCAGUAAUUACAACCACGCCACUUGAUAAAGAGAAGCAAGUUUUCCGACGAAGACGCCACCAGGAUGUAAAGCGAGCUACCCAACUGUUGCCCAGUGGUGGUGCCACCACCACCUCACAGAGUGCUGGCCUCGUCCUCUCUCCAGAGUGUGAAGAUUAUUCUGAAAGUUCAGCUGACACUGUUUGUUCACCCACUUCUCCCUUCUAAUAGCUUUGCUGAAAUCACAGCACCAUCUGGUCCUUUUUGGGAAAAGUUGCUGUUAAAAAUAACAAUGGUGAGUCUCUAGACAUGGACAUACAGAGUCCUUAAUUACUUGUACCCAUUUACCGGACAACCCAAUAAAACGAACAAAGCUAAACAGCAUGCAACAAUUGUGAACGGAUAUACAAUGCAUUUCUAUAAAUACUUUUUUUUUUCUUAAAACCUCUUUGGAUUGAGUGUGAAUUUCUCAAAUUUGACCUAUUUAUGCAGACUGAUUUCAAACUUUUGUCUGUAGCAAGCUAUUUUUAGCAAUCAUCUUUAGUAUUUCUUUUCCACUGGUGCUGUAAAGGAACUGCCAUUAAUACAGGUACACUGCAAUGAUUUUACCACUUCUAGUUCUUACAGGUAUUGGUUUUGGAUAUAAAUUUAGAUCGCUCAGCUACAUGUGCCUAUCCAAAUGGUAAUAUAUGGGUUUAUAGGUCAGCUAAACCCACAUCUGUAGGUAUAUAUUGGACAAACAAUUGGCUCAGUGAAUGAAAAACUAUAAGCAAAAAAGAUCUUUUGAGAUAAAAUAAUUUAAUGGAAAACUUAAUGGCCUCUCUUGAAAAUAAUUUAUUUCCUAAAGCCACCAAAAGCCACAGUUUUAUUAGGGUAAUUCAGUAGGGCCCCCUUAUGGUCUAUUACAGAGUACUGCCAGAAUCACCACAGGGAUGGCAUUACUGGAUCCAUGCAUUUAAAACCCUAGUUUCUGAAUAAAUACCUGAUUCGAUGAUAUGACAUGUUUAGUACCUUUCACUUUUGAAAAUUUAAUUCCAAAUGUAUCUUAAUACUUCAGUAUUGGCUUAAUAUCUUGUAUUGUGUGGAUUUAUUUUUUAAAGCCUUGUGCUUUGGGACUUAAAGAUGUGGUGCAUGACUCCUGAACACAUUGACAAAUGCAACUAUAUUGGAUCAUUAAAUCAUAUAAAUAAAAAACAAGCCCUCUUCUAACUUGUCUUCUAAAAGGGAUGUAGGUUGUUCAUUAACGGUAAAUCAUCAAAUAUACAGAUCUGCUUGAUUAUUAAAAUAGUUAUAAGAGCUGCUGUAAUGGAUGAAUAUGUGCUGUGUAGUAUGUUGAAAAUUGCACCUUUUUAGGCAAUGCCUUGGCACACCUUGAAUCAAGUGCAAUUAGGUGAACUGUUCAAAGUGCACAAUACUAAAUGUCCAUUUUGAAUGCUGACACACCAAAUUGUGUUUCUGAUAGACCACUGAAACACCUAUCAGAAUUAGUUAACUGGUGCAACAUGAACUAUUUUUCACACUAAAUUCAACUGUGCUUCCACAAAUUGUUUUGUGAUUUAUGCAAGUCCUUUUAACUACAAAUACCUGCUGUAUGUUUUCCUAUUGCUUAAUUCAUUUGCUUAGACUAAAGUUCUGAAUGUGAUUGUCCUUUUGAGUUUUCCAGGUUCUAACCUGCAUGCAUGAUGAAAUGCAUAGCUACUCUGGUCUUUUAAUGUAAAAAAACAGACAUGCAAAAACAUCUGCAACUGUUGUUUAUGAAUAGUUUGGAUUAUGGUAACUGUCCAUGAUAAUUGAUUUGAUUAAAUUAAAAGAUGUAUACUGUA